AACAACGAAAUCGAACAGCAUAUCAUUACCAACUUAGCCAAAUUUACCAAGUACGAGUUUUUCCUCACGCCAUACUUCAAAAACCUGGAAGGUCAACCGAGCAAUGCCCGAAUCGUACAAACUAUGGAAGACCUGCCAUCAAUCGCUCCGGGAGGCAUCCAAACCGGAAUGUUGAACUUGACGGCGGGUUGGGUGCGAUGGAGUCCUCCGCCAAAGGAUCAACUCAAUGGAGUUCUGCAAGGUUACAAAAUCCAAGUCAAGGCCGGAAAUAUUUCCAAACUGCUAGCGCAGAUGACGCUGAAUGCGACCACGACUUCGGUAAUGCUUAAUAACCUGACAACCGGAUCGAGCUACAGCAUCCGAGUUGGCGCGUUCAACAGAGUAGGACUCGGUCCCUACUCCAAGCCGGUUCACCUGACGAUGGAUCCCUCGUUUGUGAUCGUUCCGCAGGGGGUUCACAACAGCUACAACGACUACGAAGACUUUCGGCAUCACAAUUUUCUGCACGAGACGUGGUUUAUGAUUUUCGUUGUGCUGUCUUUGUUCAUCAUAUUGCUGUUCACGGUCAUUGGUGGGGUGAUCUUCUUCAAGCGGCGUCAGGGCUUGGGUAAACCCGUGGUGACAGUCCCCAUCGGAGCCAGAAGUGACCUACCCAAUCUGAGCGUUUCGAGGAAGGAUAAUGGGAUUUGGAUCGACCGCGGGUGGAGGACUUGCGAUACGGAUAAGGAUUCCGGGUUAAGUUCCAUAAAGCUGCUGGAGGGGAAUCAAUUAUAUCCGAAUCAAGCUUUGUCCGAUGGAGGGACAGAUUAUGCAGAGGUGGAUCCGAGGGGCGUGACCUCGUUCUACAACUGCCGAAAGUCUCCGGAAAGUCCGACUCCGUACGCUACGACCAUGAUCAUCAAUGGUAUUCCACAUAGCGAAAACGGUGACCUGAGCUAUCAAGGUCACGACACUUUUUCAUCCACGUCUUCCAGUUUUCGAUCAUUCUACGGAUACCCAAGACCAGUUGUUAACAGCAAUCAAGUUCCACCGAACUGGGUCGACUAUCUUCCUCCGCCGCCGGAGCACCCGCCACCGGCUCCUCAACCGCUGGAUAUCAACCAGCUGAACCACGUCUACCCGUCGGAGCUGGUGGGAACCAUGUCCAGCUCGCAGGCCAGUUCCUACUGUUCGCGACGCACCAGUGGCUACAAGUGAGACCUGGCCCCGCAUCGCACCCACAGUCACUACCUGAUCAGUCCAACGGAUGCCUUCCCGCCGAGCCAUUUCUUCUACUAGCGAUCGCCACCAGAGGGCGAGGAGGGCUUCCGGCAGCGAUCAACAGAUGUUAACGACACUUACUUUUGCGGCAGAUUUCAAUCGAAUUGAAAGAAAAACGGAACCAUCACCACCGACAGCUGGGGGAAACUACGGCCUGCACGACAACCAACAAUACGAGAUCCCCAGAAAUGUUCCGCCGAAGACAGUUAACAUCGCCGACAAUUACGGGCUGGAAGCAGUUGAGCCCUUAUGGUUACCAGCAGGCACAUUCUCCGGAUUGAGCAUUCCCGCUCUAGAAAAUGGGAACGAUUCUUGCGAUGAAACCGUGCCGUUGGAUGAGCAAAUCCACUUUUAAAGUGUAAAAAGUUCUCUACCAGAAAACGGCGCCAAUGCUGAAAAUAUUAUUUAGAUAAAAUAGAAAGACACUGCAAUUCAUUCAGACAAGAUAUAUUUACAAAAACAUAGAAUACAAAAUGCUUGGAAAGCGCACAUUCAUAAUACGAACAACAAAACCAAAAAACGAACUAAUUCCAACUAGGGACAGAUGAGUAGUGAAUAUAUUUAUUUAUCAAAACUUCAAACGGACAGACAAAAUAAAUACCAAUAUAAAGAUUUCAUAAAAGCAUAAA